AUGAUUAGGCUCUAUAAUCCAGACUUAAUCUGCCUCCAAGAAACAAGAGACAAAAGAAUCUAUUACUCAAUUUAUGAUUUCAUUGUUGGAAUGCCAUUCAAGAAAUCAAUUCAAAAAGUAAUUUCGAAGAAGCUAGACUUUAGAAUAAUAAAUAACUAUGUAGCUCACGAUUUAUCCCAAGGAUACGGAGACCACUACUGGAAUAAAAUCGAAUAACUUAUGAAAUCCAAAGCAUCAAUCUUUGCGCGACUUUAACAUUCAUCCCAAUAAACUUCCCUUAACAUUCUAAAUAAAUAGAAUUGCGGAAGAAUCCCAAACAGCAAUAGAUAUCAUUCAUUCGGACUUUCUGUCAAAGAACAUUGCCAUAUCACAAGCGGAAAAAUUCCUUAAAAAGGAAAAAGAAUAGUUCGUUAAAAAAAAAAUGUUACAAAUACUAUCCAGGAAUUACUACACUAAAGACAAAUGAAUGACCUUACCAGAUAGAUUGAAUGA